AGAAUUCCAUGCUGUCGCCCGCUUCCGGAUCCGGCGGAUCCGGCGGAUCCGGCGCGCUGGGGCUGAAUCGGGCGAUGGCCAAACGGAGCCAGUGGCAGGAGUCUUUGCGACUGCUGCGCGAGGCAUCUGCAAUGGAGGUGGAGCCAGACGUGGUGAGCUACAACACGGCGCUGCGCGCCUGUGAUUGGCGCACCGCCUUGGCUCUGCUGGAAGCGGCCGAUGCAGAGCUCAGCACCGACCUGAGGUCUCGCACGGCUGUGCUGAGCUGCUGUGCCCGGGCAGCCCAGUGGCGCAGCGCGAACUGCUUUGUGGACCAGGAGGCGGACGUGGUCUCCUUCACGGCAGCGGCCACCUGCCUCGAGUGGCGGCAUGGAGCAGAAUUGCUGGUGCGUUGCCAGGAGCGCCGGCUUCAGCCGGAUGUGGUGCUGCUGAACGCCCUCCUGCGCCGCUGCCCCUGGCGCGGCGCGGCGCGGCUCCUCAAAGCCUUCCAGCGGCGGCUGCGAGUGGACGCGGUGAGCUUCAACUCGCUCCGCUGCACGGAGUGGGGCCAAGCGCUGGCGGAGCUGCGGCGGAUGGGGCAAAGUGCGCUGGAGCCGGACGCUUGGAGCAGGAGUUCUGCGCUCCACGCCAGGCCGCCCUGGCCCAGUGCCCUGAGGCUGGCCGACGCCCACUUUUGCGCCGCUUGCGUCGAGGACUGGACCCUUGCACUGGCUUUGCUGCCGAGCAGUGCGCCAACAGCUGCGGUCUCGCGCGUGGCGGCUGCGGUCGCGCGCGCCGAGAGGUGGCGCCACGCGCUGAGCCUUACCCUAGCUCCGGCGCGUUCGGCGCCCUGGGCGGUGGCGCAGCAUCUGCUGAUCACAUCACGGCAGCACCAGUUGGAGCUGGACGCCGAUGGCGCCGAGUGGAAUGGCGCACACUGGUCGCAGGCACUUUGGAUGUUGCCGUCCAAGCUGGGCCUCCAGCCUGCGAUCGUCACCUCCUGUGGAGCAGCCACCAUGUGGCGCCUGGCCUUAUGCCUGGCCGAGAACGGCGCACUGGUGCCGCGGAACGCGGCCAUCACCGCGGCCCAAGAGGCCGGGCAGUGGAGGCGCGCUAUUGAGCUGCUGGCGACGCUUCAAUCUGAAGUCCAGCUCAAGUUUCAGAUGAUCCAGACCACGCUCUUCGGUGGCCGAUCUGCGUGCGCGCAGCCCUGGCAGUGCGAUCUUUGCAGAGGUGGUUUCAAGUCAGAGCAGGCCUUGAUCAGCCAUGCCUGGUGGAAGCACGGGGUUCGCAAGGAGCCUGCGCGCGCGCUGCCACAGCGCCCCGGCGCGCUGAUCCAGAGCUUCUUUGCAGAAGAAGUGCAAGAGCAAGACUUGCCCGAGCAGUUCGAACACUUGAUUUCCUUCGAGCAUGCUGAAGAAGCCAAUCUGCCUGAGCUUCUUGAAGAGGAGGCGGCGGAGGAGGAUGAGCCGCUGGAGACACCGAAGAAGCGCACCAAGACGGGCGCCAUCAAGCAGACGCGUGGCGCAAACAGGAGACAGCGCGUUUCAGCCAAGCAGCAAGUGGAUGCAGUCGACACCUGGCGGGCUUGCAAGCUGAGCGGCACGCCACCCAAAGACAAGAAGGGAAAUGCCACUGGCACACAGUAUUCGUACAACACUGUGUACGGGUGGUCUCGCAACUACGACAAGCUGGUCGAGCAGGCUGCCAAGGGAACUGCGACCAAGUUGGCUCGAACCCGCAGGGGCUGGUUCAGGCAGAACCCCUUGGUGCAGGAAUUUGACCAGCACCUUUGCAGAGCUCUGAAAAAGCAUCGCAAAGCUGGCCGCCCAGCGAAUUCCGUCACUGUUCUCGCCAUGGCUGAGAGCAUAUACGACAAGGUGGACAAGACAAGAGAAGGAAGGAACCUGCAGUGGCCGCGGAACAGGAGGGGCGGUGAAGUGUGGAGGCCCAAGAUGACCUGGGUUAAGUCCUGGCUGCAGGUCCGUGGCUGGAAGCCGCGAAAGCCGACGAAGAAGAGAGGCUCAACGCCCGCACAGGACAGUGCCCUCAUGCAGCGCUGGCUGGACAAGCUGCGGCACAUGGCUCAGAAGCAGCCUAGCUGCGGUGACAACACCUGGUUAGACGCAUGGGGGUUCUUUUCGCCUGGGGAGCGGUUCAACAGAGACCAAGUCGGGUUCAGUUUUGACUACACUGCGGCAGGGCGCACGUGGGCCAGCCCUGAGGAGCGGACCACCGGCUGCGUUCAAGUUGUGACCGGCAAGGCCGGAUGGGAGAAGAGGUUUUUCACAUGGGACAUGUGCUACGCGGGAGAUUUGAAGCAGGCGCAGCCGCCCCCGGUGCUUUAUUUCUUCGGAGCCGGCAACAUUUCACAGCUUGAGCGGGCCUCUUACGACAAGGAUGUGAAAGUCUUCUUCACGCCAAAGGGCUAUCUCAAUGAAGAUGCAAACCAGUUUUGGACGCAGUGCUGGAAGGCCAUCGACCGGCAUAUUGGCAAGACCCACAAGGACCUGUUCCACCAGAUGCAGCUUCACAGAUCUUUGGAGGACUUCAAGUCCUUCCAGCACCUGUCUGCCAAGGUGACGCUUCUCCCGAGCCAGAUGGACCUGAGAGCGCGCAGCCUGGUCCCCCGGCUGGUUCAUCAACUGAGCCCCAGCCUGCAGCUGGCUCAGGCAGCACGGCUUGGCCAGCAUGGAGUGAAGCUCGAUCAUCCAAAGGCUCUUGCUGGCAAGACAGUGCCCUGGGAUGAGCUCAGGCACUGCUGCAGCGAGCUGAAAGUGGAGCUGCCAUCCAAAGAAGACAUCUAG